UACUGAAUUGCAUGCUCUUAUUCUGCUAAUGCACUGUUUGAGCUCUUCCUGUUGAAGUACCUCCCAUUUUACAAACAGUCAAAAACUAGAAUUGCAGGACGAGUUGGACAAGUGACAAAGUGCUGAAAACUCAGAUCAUAGCAGCAACGAGGCGUCUCUCCCUGUCAUCAUGACUGAGUCCUUUCAAAAAGCAGCGGAAGAGGCAAAGGUUCUGCUCCAGAAACCAGAUAAAGAUGAAUUAUCUGCAUUAUACGGUUUAUAUAAACAAGCCACAGUUGGAGACGUGAACAUUGAUCGCCCUGGUAUUCUCGACUUCACAGGACGAGGGAAAUGGGAUGCGUGGAAUGCAAGGAAAGGUUUGUCCCAGGAUGAAGCGAUGGUCAGCUACAUUGAACUGGUGGAGAAACUGAAGAUAAAAUAUGGCAUUUAGAGUCUGUUUAUUUUGAACUGAUACAUAUUUUCAUGAAAGUGCUAAAGUGCUAAGUCCUAAACAGUUAUGCUAAGCAAUUUUUUUCCCAUUUACGGUAAAAUAAGAGUCUUAUAAAUGCUGCUUGAUCAUUUUGAACCAUAGGAGUGACUAUUAAAUACUUUUUCCGGA